AUGCCUUCUUCUCAAGGACAAAGCUGGUGGGCCCGCCACUGCACCCCCCGACCUCCCAUCAACAAGGUCGUCGCCUGCCCCUGCCACUACUGCUACAACAAGCCCGCCUGUGAGCUCGACUACCCCGAGUCGUCCAACUGCUCCGAGACGAACACCCCUGCUCAGUCGAGGCCCGUCAGCCCCCGAGGCCGCACCAGCUCGUCUUCGUCUUUUCACGUUGAGAAGGCCGAGAAGCAGUAA